AUGAAUGAUAUCAUCGAUGUGCUGAACAAUGAACAAGGUUCUGAUGGGGAUGAUGAUGCUGCACAUGAUAUUGAUGAUAGUUUGAUUCUGAUGAACGCUGAGGCGGGCGUUAAUGCAGAUGAAGAUCCUGGAGCUGAUAUUGUUAAUGAUCCUUUCCUCAUUCUGCUGAAUGAUGAACUCGAUUAUGAUGUCGAUGAAGAUGCUGGAGAUGAUAUUGAUAUUGAUAAUAGUGUGAUUUCGAUAAACGCAGGACCUGGUAUUAAUGGGGAUGAGGAUACUGAAAAUGAUAUUAGUAAUGCUCUUUUUCUCUUCACUUCGAUGAAAGAUGAACUCGAUUGUGAUAAGGAUGAAGAUGCUGAAGGCGUAAUUGAUAUAGAUGAUAGUGUCUUUCUGAUCAACGACGAAUCUGAUGUCAAUGGGCCUGAAGAUGCUAGAGAUUAUGGUGAUGAUGAUGAUGAUGAUGUUCACAUUCUGCCCAACGACCCACUUGAUUAUGAAGGGGAUGAAGCCGGUGAAGCAGAAGUGGAUGAUGAUGAUAUUAUCAAUGCCCUGAAUGAUAAACGCUGCUCUGAUAAGCAUGAAGUUACUGCAGAUUACGGUGAUAAUAAUGAACCUGUUGAAAAAAGUGUUAAUGGAGAUGAAGAAACUAAUCAUGACAUGAGCAGCAAUAACAAUGGUCAUCAAACAGAGCCCAGUAUCAAUCUUAUCAAUACAAAUCCCUGGAAUCGAGGAGGCGGUUAUAGAGUCGAAAUUCUGGCUAACGCCGAUGUAUUCAUAGAUUAG